AUGAAUAUACUGGCCUUGCCUCCGCCGUGCACUCUCCACCAAACGCCUUCUGGGCGACGUCAAGGGCCAGGUAGUCACCUGGUCAAGUUCCCCCAGCCGUUUAGUCCUGGUACGUCGGGGCCGUACAGCUAUCCAUCUCCUCCCAUGUCAGAGUCUCAGUCGCCCGGUCGACGCUCCGCUCGAUAUCUUGACGAGGAGGGCCAUCCCUACCCCCCAGCCGCGAGCCAGCCGCCUCGAUCCAGAGAACCUGCGGCAGCCCCAGUGAACCCGCGACUCUCCACGUUGAUCCAGGGCAUACCGCAGCAGCAUCAGCGUUACGCCGGAGGGGAGCAGCCACGAGGUCCGGUCCAGUAUCAGCAAGGCCAUGCCAUCCAAGGCCCCGCUUUCGGCGGGGUACAGGCGCCUCAACCGUAUGAGUUUGGAUUUCUUGGGCCUCAUGGUGGUGCUCGUACUGUGCUCGGGGGUCCUGGUCCGGGUCCCCAAGUGCAGCCGACGGCGAUUGCUGCUCCACAACCGUUGCGACCCAACAAAACAGCACGAAGAACCAAAGUGCACGUUACGUCGGCAUGCGUAAACUGCAAGAAAGCGCAUCUCAGUUGCGAUGUGCAGAGGCCAUGCACUCGUUGUCUCCAUGCUGGAAAACAGGACUCAUGCAGGGAUGUGCAGCACAAGAAGAGAGGAAGACCAAGACUUCGAGACCAAGAUGAAAGAGAGUUGGAGAGGUUUACUCUGAGAAGAGAGGGCGUAAGGGACUCGUUGAACCGAACAUUGACGCUAUCCGCAGCAGAGCCAGGACCCCUCCCGCAGCCGCCAUUGCAAUCGCCACAAGAGCACGAUCCUUUGCGAAGUCUAAGGAGAUCGCAGCGAGGGUCUGACGUAAGGCCCCACGUUCCUCAGCAGCCAUUGCUGCCGACUUCGGUGACGCGUCCAACGAGCGUUGGCACUCUCGGGGGGUUCACAACGGCGCCGUACCCUGGUUCUACUUUAGGACCUUCUGUGCGUCCUGUGGCAUUCAUGAACUUGGAUUUGGUAAUAUUGCGAACCAACCAGGCAUUCAGGGACUUAAUGGGGGGAGACGAUCGGGGAAAGAACUUUGCGGAGCUGGUAAACUAUCGCCAUCGAGAGACGCUGGCACGACUACGAAAUAGCCUUCGACAGGAACGAGACGACCGAGACCCAGCUUACAUGGCUCCCAUUACCCCACAAGGACAACCGGACCCUAUACAGGCGAUUCCUGAGAGCGACGUCGAACUCGUCAGUCAGGGGUACACAGACCGUCCCCACCUCUUCAACUUCCACAUACCAACUACACCGAUUCAAUCCCUGCAGGUGCAAAUCCGUCUGGCGAAGGCUUCGGUGUACUUUGUUACUCUCGUCGUUCACAUUCCACGAAGUGCUGGUCCAGCUCCGUUGUUGACCUCGUACAUGGCGCCCCCAACACCUGUCCAGUCCGGGGUACCUUCAGGACCUACAUUGGGGCCCACAUCAGCACCACCACCACGCGACUACGGCCAAUACUCUCGACCCGCAUCAUCGGCAAGCACGUCCGCUCCAUCGUCACCAUACUACAACUUCUCCGCCAUCAGGACCUCGCUCCCCCAAGCUCCUCUGAGCAGCCCUCAGUAUACUCAUAGUCCUGCGUAUGGGUACUCCCCAACUGCUCUAGAGCCUGGUUACUUCCAAACCUACCAACCCUUGUCUCAUCCAUCUCCCUAUGUACCAUCUUCACGACCGCAAUCAUCUACUUCUGACCCAAGACAAGGGCCGUUUCGUGAGGGAGGACCUCCGCGACUGGAAGGGCUCCAGCUCCCGCCGAUACGCACUGCACCUGCCCCGCCUCUGCCAUCACCACUAGGACAAGAGUUUGGGGAGGGCCAGCGAGAUCGAGUCCGACGACGAGAGGCCUCACCUGGCACGGAAACACAACCUGAGACACCUGAAAAGCGACGACGACUAAACAUACACGAGGUUUUAGAGUGA